AUGAGCGAAAUUAGUGAAGAAAAAGAAACUCAAGAAACCCAAGAAACCAUCAAUAUUGUUGUAUUGUGUGAUGGUACUUUUAAUGGGCCAACUACUGAAACCAACCUUUAUAAAUUGCAUAUACUCUUGUUAUAUGAUAAGUAUUGUAAAAAUCAAAGUAAAGAAAAACAAGUGCCUCUCAAAAUUUCUGACUAUAAAUGGUUAAAAAGUCUCAAAAAACAAAAUAAGGAACCUCAUAAUACUCGUGAAAUUGCUGAUGGCGCUUUUGUCUAUGAAGAUCAAUAUUAUGAAAAGGGAGUGGCUGAAAGGUUCAAUCCAUUGGAUUUUGCGAUAGCUCAUAGUAUUGAUAGCAAAAUCAAAAGGGCCUACAGACAUAUAGUUAGACGUCGUGGUGCUUACACAGUGAGAUGUGUUGCUGGAAUGAUACGAAAUUGUGGAAUAUUGAAAUAUGAUAGCAAGGAACUUAUUAAUCGCGCUUAUGAUCUUUAUCGUAGUAAAGAUCCGAAACAUCAUCCAAACGAACCGGAAUCUAAAUCAUUCCAAGAUUCAUUUAGUCAUCAAGAUUCUACCAAAAUUAAGUUUCUUGGAUUAUGGGAUACUGUUGGCGCCUAUGGUAUCCCCUCAUUUACAGUUGGAAAAGGAAUUGAAUAUACGGAAUUCCAUGAUGAAAAUGUAUCCAAGAUGACUGAAUAUGCAUACCAAGUUUUAGGCAUUCAUGAAAAAUCAUCUUUCUUUGAACCGAUAUCUAUAAAGAAUGAAAAAAAUGAAUGUGAAGAAUGUGAAAAGAAUGAAAAAUGUGAAGAAUGUAAAAAAUGUAAAGAUAUCGAAGAGAUUUGGUUUCCAGGGGAUCAUUUGGAGAUCGGGGGAGCAACUUUAUCAGUUGAUAAAGAAAUAUCUAAAGAGAGUUUUCUGUGGAUAAUUAGAAAAAUUAUACGUGUCGGAGGUCUGUUUUCAGAAGAAAAAGAGGAGGAGAAGAUUAAGGAGUGUGAAAAACGAAUUAAAGAGAUUCCUAAAGAUCAUUUUAGAUCAUUAAUGCAAUAUGUACACUAUUUAGUACCAGCUUAUCAUAUUAAACGGGCUACCACCAUCGUGCCAUUCUGGGGUAGGAAUAGAACUAUUCCAAUACGCAGGGAUGAUAACGGCAAGCUAACUUUCGAUUUGCUUUAUGAAAAGGAUAUUCUAAUCGAGGAGUUGAAAGGGAAAUAUGGAAAGGAUAAUGAUGAUAGAACAGACGAAAAGGAUAGCGAUGACGAAAUAGAAAAAAUCCUGGAUAUAAAAGCUAAUGUAAAUACUAAAUCUUUUGAUGCGAAAACUAUUUCAGAAUUUAAUAGAGAAAGUCAUGAUGAUCGAUUUUACGGUAUAGCAAGCCACGCAACCCUGUUAUUAUGUUGCAUGACGAAUUAUCUCUAUGAAAAGGGAAAAAUGGAAGUAUUUACAUAUAUAGAUUGGAUUGCUCGUAUAGAGACUUUCAAGAACAAUCCAACAGUAAUGAGAUUUAUUGUGGAAAAGGCACGCAUUGCCAACAUUUGGAGAAAUGGACGUUGGAUCGGGUUAAGAAUUUAG